AUGUUUACCGAGGCCUUCAAUGAACUCCAGGUCCCGCCUCACCUACUCGACCGAAGCAUCACACCCCUUGUGAGCUUCUCGGGUGAUGUGGUCCAGCCCAUUGGCAGUAUUCAUCUCCCUAUCUCAAUUGGGGCCGCACCCCAGCGGACGACGAUCACUACCCCAUUCCUUAUCGUCGAUUGCCCCACAGCCUACAAUGUCAUCCUCGGCCGCCCAGCCUUGGCCCAAAUGAGGGCUUUUAUUUCCACGCAUAUGCUGCUGUUGAAGUUUCCCACUCCUAAUGGCCUAGGCACGGUGCGCGGCGACCAACUCGGAGCCCGAAGCUGCUAUGCUUCAGCAGUAAAAUCCACCAAUCGCCAACCUAGGAGCGAGGCCCUUGCGGUAACCAUGGCGCCUGCCCCCCCUCAAGCUGGCACCGACCCACCUGAGGACCCGAGGGAGGAGUCUAUCACACAGCAGGCCGAACCCGUGGAAGACCUGGAGCUGGUUACCCUCCAUGAUGAUAUCCCGGAUCGACAAGUCCGGAUCGGCACCUCCAUCUCGCCAGAGCUUCGCUCUGACAUGGUCGCCUUCCUCCGCCUCAACUCCGAAGUCUUCGCAUGGUCCUACAAUGACAUGCCUGGCAUAUCACCAGACAUCAUAUCCCAUAGGCUUAGCGUCAAUCCUGCCGUCAGACCAGUCCGACAGAAGCGUCGCGCUUAUGAUCCCGAGCUCUAUGAGGCCAUGAGGGCGGAGGUGGAUCGAUUGAGUAGCAUCGGAUUCAUUAGGGAGGUUGACUAUCCUACAUGGCUGGCUAAUGUCGUGAUGGUCCGCAAGCCAAGAAAGGGCUGGCGCAUGUGUGUCGACUACACCAACCUUAAUCGGGCUUGCCCAAAGGACAGCUUCCCGCUACCCCGCAUUGACCAGCUAGUCGAUGCCACAGCCGGCCACGCCCUCCUUAGCUUCACGGAUGCUUAUUCAGGUUACAACCAGAUCUUCAUGCACCCCGAAGAUCAGGCCCACACCUCUUUCAUUACGGACCGCGGCCUCUACUGCUAUAAGGUGAUGCCCUUUGGCCUCAAAAACGCCGGGGCUACUUAUCAGCAUCUGGUGAAUCAGCUCUUUGCCCCACUGAUUGGCAAUACCAUGGAGGUCUAUGUCGAUGACAUGCUAGUCAAGAGUCGCACAGCUGACCAACACAUCCCUAACCUCUCUGCCAUGUUCACCAUCCUGAAGCAGUACAAAAUGAGGCUUAACCCCACCAAAUGUGCAUUCGGGGUGGCUUCCGGCAAAUUCCUGGGCUUCAUGAUCAGCCAGAGGGGUAUUGAGGCCAAUCCAGAAAAGAUCCAGGCCAUCUUAAACAUGACGGUACCUAAGACGGUCAAAGAUAUCCAAAGCCUGACAGGGCGUGUCGCAGCCCUGACCAGAUUUAUCUCCAAAGCCACUGACCGCUGCGCCCCAUUCUUCAAGGCCCUUAAAGGCACCAAAAGAAACAUCACCUGGACUGCUGAAUGCGACACGGCUUUCAGCGAGCUCAAGGAGUAUAUGGGCCGGGCCCCUUUAUUGUCAACCCCUGAGCACGGAGACAUCCUCGUGAUUUAUCUCUUCAUCUCAGCUUCGGCUGUGUUGCAGAAGCCAGAAACUUCUGGGAAGCUAGUUAAGUGGGCCAUUGAACUUGGCGAGUUUGAUAUCCAUUACAAACCCCGCCCGGCUCUAAGGGGACAGGCCGUUGCUUCGGCAGCUAUCCAGCCCAUAACCGAACCCAAUCCCCCUCCCAGCCAGGACCAAACCCCCACCGAAGGCAAUCUCGACCUAACCCAGCCCCUGUGGACCUUAUUCGUAGACGGCUCUUCUAAUGCCCAGGGCUGUGGGGCCGGCCUCGUUCUCAUCUCCCCAGACAAGGUUGCCCUCGAGUACGCCCUUCGCUUCAAAUUCCAAGCCUCCAACAAUGAGGCCGAAUAUGAAGCACUCUUAGCUGGUCUUCGAUUAGCCAAAGAGAUGGACGCCAGGCAAAUUCAGAUAUUCAGCGAUUCACAACUCGUGGUCCACCAGGUCAACCAGGACUUCACGGCUAAGGAUGCCUCUAUGACGGCCUACCUCCAGCACGCUCGGCACUUGCUGGCGACCUUCCAUGCCCACUCUAUCAAGCAAGUGCCGCGCUCCGAGAAUAGCCAUGCCGAUGCACUAGCCAGCCUUCCUUACCUCCGAUGCCUGACUCCAGAGGAGGGUCACUAUGUCCUCCGAGAAAUCCAUGAAGGCAUAUGCGGUAACCACUCGGGCGCACGCUCGCUGGCCCAUAAGGCAAUCCGCCAAGGAUACUUCUGGCCAUCGCUCCAUACUGACGCCCAGGAAUUCACCCAGAAAUGCGAUAAGUGUCAGCGAUUUGCCAACAUUCCACAACUCCCGGCUGAACCGUUGACUGCCAUCGUCAGCCCUUGGCCAUUUGCCCAAUGGGGACUGGAUCUCAUUGGACCUAUGCCAGAGGGCAAAUGCCAAGUCAAGUAUGCAGUUGUGGCCGUAGACUACUUCACCAAGUGGGCUGAGGCCGAGGCCUUGGCCACCAUCACUGCGGCUCGCAUCGAAUCCUUUGUGUGGCAAAACAUUGUAUGUCGCUUCGGCAUCCCCAACUCCAUCGUCACCGACAAUGGCGGCAAUUUGACAACGCCAAAUUCAAACAAUUUUGUUCCAACCUCAAGAUUCGUCUGUGUUUCGCCUCCCCAGCCCAUCCUCAGUCCAAUGGCCAGGUCGAAGCCGUGA